AUGAGCCAGCCUUCCUCCCAACCAGUAUACCGCCAGUAUAGCGACCACCAGGUUGCAAGACAUGCUAAUGACCAUGUCAUGCCCAUUUACUCGGCUACUUACUCGGGAGUUAAUGUCUACGAAAUGGAGGUCAACGGGGUCGCCAUAAUGCGGCGCCAGAACGACAGCUGGCUCAAUGCGACGCAGAUCCUCAAGGUCGCCGGCGUCGAUAAAGGCCGCCGCACCAAGAUUCUCGAGAAGGAGAUCCAGACCGGCGAGCACGAAAAGGUACAAGGCGGAUAUGGCAAGUAUCAGGGGACAUGGAUCCCCUUCGAGCGCGGCCUCGAGGUCUGCCACCAGUACGGCGUCGACGAGCUCCUGCAGAAGCUCCUGACGCAUAAUAUGCGCCAGGAUGGAGUCCCGUCUACCGAUAUCGACACGCCGACCAAGGAGCAGGCGAUGGCGGCCCAGAGGAAGAGGAUGUACAACGCCAGUGCGGAACCGCGCUCGAACGGUGUUACCGGUACCUUCUUCAAGAACAUCUCGUCCACCGCCUCUCAAGCUGUCGCUGCCAUCAGCAAGGCAAGGUUCGAUUCUCCCGGUCCACGAAACCGCAACCCGCCGUCGAGAGCGCCGAGUUUCAACCGCCAGCCCUCGAUGCAGAGCAUGGACGACUUCCCCGGAAACUCGCAGCAGAGCUAUGCCUCGGACUACGGCCACAACAAUGUCGACUCUGCCUACUCAACCCAGAACGGACACGCACACGCACACGGACACUCGCACUCGCACUCGCAGCACAUCAACGGCGACGGCUCCGAGCCACCGCGGAAACGGCCGAGGAUCUCCAUGACCCCGGCUGACAGCUUCGGAUAUUCCAACUCGAUGGACAUGUACGCUGGCACAUUUCCCGGCUCCCCAACCGAACCAAACGAAUCCUUCAUCUACUCCCAAGCCGGCAUCAGCAGCAAUUCCCCGGCAAAUGACGGCUUCGGGCCUCUGCGACCCCUGCCAUUUGAGGUGUCUCCAGACGCGGAGCACAAGCGCAGCAUGCUGAUGAGCCUGUUUAUGGAUGCCAACCCCAACGACCACUCGAAGCAUGAUAUGUUGCGGUCCUUAACUCCUCUGGAGCUGGACAUGCCCAUCGACACCCAGAGCCACACCGCACUGCACUGGGCAGCGACCCUCUCAAGAAUGCCCCUUCUCCGCGUCCUCAUUACCGCCGGAGCCCACCCCUGCAGGGUGAAUGCUUCGGGUGAGACGCCAUUGAUGCGUGCCUGCGUAGUCACGAAUUCGAUGGAUCUUAACUCCUUUCCCGAGCUCCUCGACGUUCUUGGCGGAACCAUCGACGUCAGGGAUGACAAGGGCCGGACGGUCCUCCACCACAUCGCCGUCACGAGUGCCGUCAAGGGACGCAACAUGGCGAGCAGGUACUACCUGGAGAGCCUACUCGAAUGGGUGGUGCGCCAGGGAAGCGCCCCGAGCAGCCAGAAUAACCCUCCGGGGGCGAGCGGCGGGGCGGCACAUUCGAAUGCGCCAGCCAAGAUGGGCAUUGGUCGGUUUAUGAGCGAGAUAGUGAACGCGCAGGAUCACUGCGGAGACACGGCACUCAACAUUGCGGCGCGGAUCGGAAACAGAAGCAUCAUUUCCCAGCUCCUCGAGGUGGGUGCUGACCCUAAUAUUGCCAACCGGGCUGGUUUGCGGCCGGUGGACUUUGGCAUCGGCGUCGAGGUUGCCGAGGAGGCAGCCAACGGCAAUACAAACGGCGGCGACAGGAGUGGAGCCCCAGGCUCGAGCCAGAAGACGAGGGAAAGCACAGAUGAGGUUGUCAAUUCAAUUGGCCACCUCCUCAGCGAGACCACGGGCCUCUUCCAGAAUGAGCUGAAGGCGAAGCAGCAGUCGAUCGACGCAUUACACGUCUCACUAAGAACCACGUCGGCCCAGGUCGGCGACACCCGCCGCGCGUUUGAGAGCUUGCAGGAGAGGGUGAAGGGCCAGCAGCUGGCGCGCCAGCAGGUUUUCAACUUCAGCCGGGCUUGCGAGGAGGAGAACUACCGGGUCCUGCAGUUGGAACAGGCACAUGGGCGCCUCGACGUGGCCAGGGUAGCGGCUUGGGAGAAGGAUGUCGACGACGUCCUCGACGCGGUUGCCAGCGGGUCCGGGACGACCGUGUCCCUCCCGUCGACGGCGGUGCUCCGCGCACGCAUAAAUGCCGUCCGCGAUCGCUCCAACGAAACUCAGAGGGCGGUGGGUGACCUCAAGGCGCGGGGCCGCGACGUCGAGCUCAAGUACCGGCACCUCGUCUCGCUCUGCACGCGGCGGCCGGACAAGGAGAUCGACACGCUGCUCGACGGCCUGACGAGGGCGGUGGAGUCGGAGAAGGCCGAGUUGGAGAUCACUCGUGUCAGGAGAUUCUUGGGUGGCGUUGAAGGCGUUGCGCACUGA